GUGCCUGAUGUGUGCUGCCGAGGUUGGCGGCUUCCUUCUGAGAACAUGCGGUCUCGUCGCUCGCACCGAUGUGCCUGGAUGUGGUCUCGGGGAUGCAAAGCAGCUUCCGCAGUGCCAGGUCGUUUCUCUGAGUUUCAAGCCAACGGCGAUGGCAUAACUCAAUUUGCGGUACGAUAUGCGAGAGUGGGUACUUGCAGCCACAGCCAUUCUGGUCGUUGCGAACCAAUGCAACACCGCCCAGAACGACACCGACUACUGGGGCAACGAUUUGUCGACGGCAAGUCAAUCGAGCUACGGCGCGUGCUGCAGCUUGUGCGUCAGUAGCGCCGGAUGCACCCACUACGUGUGGAACAGCUACACCAGUAUGUGCAUUCUCAAGCAAGGCGUGCCAAGGCCAGCCAACUCUGUACCCGGCGCGUUUGCCUCCAUUUUGUCCCGACCCGCUUCCGACAACGACAAGUGCGACCAAGUGCGAGAAAACACCGACUUUUGGGGCCACGAUUUGCACCAGACGACGCAAUAUAGCGCUGGCGACUGCUGUACGGACUGCUCCAGCGAGCCGGAGUGCACCCACUACGUCUGGAACAGCAAUACCAACACGUGCAUUCUCAAGUAUGGUACGCCCAGUCCGAGCAGCACCGUCUUGGGAGCCUACGCCGCCACGGCGAAGUCAACGCCACCGCCCAACGUCGACACGUGUCAUUCCGUGCAAAAAGACACCGACUUCUGGGGCAAUGACUUGGAGCAGACGACCCAAUACAACUACGGUGCUUGCUGCAGCGAGUGUGCUAGACGUGCUGAGUGUACUCACUACGUCUGGAACAGCCACACGACCACGUGCAUUCUCAAGCAAGGCAUACCCAGCCCAAGCAGCGCUGUCUUGGGAGCCUACGCCGCCACGAUGCCAACCAAGUCCUGCGGCGCCCGAGUCCGCAAGGAGUGGUCGUCGCUCUCUAUCAGCGAGCAAAACCUGUACAUCGAUGCCAUCACCAAGGCCAAGACAGUUGGCCACCUCGACACUUUCGUCCGCGUCCACCGAAACGACAUGACGUUCUACGAGCCGCACGGGUCAACAUGCGCGUUCUGGUUCUGGCACCGGCGCUUCCUUCUCGGGUACGAGCAAAUGCUGCGGUCACUCGACCCGACAUACGCCUGCAUCACGGUACCGUACAUCGACUAUGCUGGCGCGGCCGCCGCAUGGAAAGACAAGUCGUGCUCCUCCGUCGUCUCGUGCUCGCCGGCGGUUCGAGCCAUGUAUUCGCUGCCGCCAGCGUUCAGCAAUGUAGUGCGUGGGGAUUGGACGGAGCACGGGUUCGGCCCCGCAUUCACGCUCGACAUGAUCAAGCUGAGUUUAUUGCCGAGCGACAUGAACACGCCGAUGAUUGCGAUCUCGACCAACAUUGAGACUGGCGUGCACAACUCGCUGCACUCUGAACUCGGCGGCGACAUGGCCGGGCACUGGUCCAACAACGACCCCCUCUUCUACUUGCACCAUGCAACCGUUGAUCUGUUUCAAGUCGUCUAUCGCAAGUGUCGGCUCGAUGGCGUCGCUCCGACGGACCCGCGCAACUUUGCAUCGUGCCAGGUGCAAGCGAGCGGCCCAGGACGCGAUGGGACCGUCAACGGCGACACGGCCCCGUGGAUGCAAGAAGACACCGUCCCGUCGGUGGUCGACGAGGACCCCGCGACGAAGACGUGGUUCCAGGGCAUUCCCGACACGUACCUGGCGCUCACCGAUGCGAGCCAACUUGGGCCGUUCAGCUACACCUACGAAUUGCAAGGGUCGUUUGCUGACUUGUACAACCAGUGCGACAAGGUGGGGACAACGCCGAUGCACAGUGGAGUCGCCGAAUCGAGCGAUGUGACGUCGACAUCCAUUGAGAAAGCUUGGCGACAGGCGCUCUACGACGAAGCAUUCAACGACAAGAUCCCAGCGAACGAGACGAACGAUGAAAUCGCCAAGGUCACGAUCAUGCUGUACGACAAAUGCAUGGGUGGGGUCAAUGACUUCACCGACGAUUUCAAGCACACUUGGCACAUCAUGGAGCCCAAGCCAGCGUUUGAGCAGCUGCAGAGCAUUCUCGAUGGCACCAACUCGAUCCGAAUCACGAACUGGCGCAAAGUCAACUGUGACUAUUACCACUGCUGGUGCAAUUGCACCGCUACAGCGGAUGCCGCGACAUUAACGCCAGCAGGUCUGCAAAAUAUCCACUGUGUACAUUAUUGAUAUGUGCCAUAAUUUAUCUUGUUAUUGCAAACA